AUGCGAAAUAUGACCAUUUAUGACCGUAUUACGCCUCUGACACCGGAAAUAUCACCUGUUGUUUUAGAAGGACUACGGCCUUAUCACCGUUAUAUUAUAAGUUCCCAGGUUAUCUGUGGCAAACCAAAUGAUAAGAGUUGUUUGCCGAAACUUCGGGCAAUGGAACCAGUCUUUUUCGAAACGCGGCAAGAUCGACCGGGACCAGUACGGAAUCUAAUGGUGCGCAUAUUGAAUCCAUAUAGUGUGCAAUUAUUUUGGCUACCGCCAUCUUUGCCAAAUGGCAUUAUCACGCAUUAUAUCAUUGGCAUACAUUCUAUG